AUGGCUUCAACUGUAAGAAAAACAUCCAACGUAUGGGUACAUUUUGACAUUGAAUCUGUUGGUGAAAAAACAGCAGUAUGUAAAUUGUGCAGGGUAAAAUUAUCCUAUAAAACUUCCUCAACAAAUUUAAAAAAACAUAUUUUAAGAAAACACCCUACGGUUGAAAUUCAAGAUGUACGGAGGAAUAUGAUGCACCAACACAUUUCAGAACAACGUUUGGAACAGGAAGGUGGUCCUUCUAAUCCAGCAGGAUCCCAAAAUCUUUCGUCUGUUGUUGCUUCUUCUGCUUGUGACUCAGCCGAGGGUCAAUCAUUGCCACAACCACGCGUUAUUCAGCAGGCUUUAGUUCGUCAACCUACAAUUGCUCAAUUCACUCAGAGAAAAAAAAUUACACCAUCUGAACAGGAAAGGUUAAAUAAACUGCUAAUGAAAUUGUUCAUAUUAGAUUUUCAACCUUUCAGCAUUGUGGAAGACAAGGGCUUUGUUGAAUUUGUUCAUGGUUUAAAUCCUAUUUACCAACUACCUAGUCGUAAGUACCUUUCAAACACUUUACUGCCAUCAAUGUACGAGCAAGUUUUGAAUGAAACUAAAAUAAAAAUUACUGAAGAAGCAACAAGUGUAUGCCUUACUAUCGACUGCUGGACAUCAAAAGCAAAUGAGUCAUAUAUGGCCAUAACAGCUCAUUAUAUCGACCAAAACUACAUUUUGAAGUCGCUUUUCCUGCAGUGUGAAGUACUCCAUGGACAUCAUACCGCCAUAAACUUAGCAGGUCAAUUAAGGACAUGUGCAUCGACUUGGAACAUUACAGGCAAAAUAACCAUUGUUGUGUCUGACAACGCGAGUAAUAUAGUUUCCGCUAUCACGAGUGAGCUGAAUUGGCGCCAUUUUGGAUGUUAUGCACAUUGUUUAAAUUUAAUUGUCAAGAGUGGAUUAAACGUUGAAAAUUUGCAACAGACGAUCACCAAAGUGAAGAACAUUGUAGCUUUUUACAAACGUAGCGCUUUGGCCACAGAAAAGUUUGUAAAAUAUCAAGUACAACAAUCAGAGGCGAAAACAGCAAAAAAAACUUACUCAAUCUGUGGAAACUCGGUGGAACUCUGA